AUGAUGCUGCCGCUGACCAGGCUGUGGCCGCUACUUCGGUGGGGGACGGCAGCGGCGGCGGCGGCGGAAGGGGCAGCAGCCGGGGGGAGUCCCACCACUACCACCACGGAGGAGGAGGAGGAGGAGGACGACGACGAGGACGAGGACGAGGACGACGAGGACGGAGGGGAGAGGCCUGCUCUGCCUGCCGAAGCCCCGGGCUCUCCUGCUCCCUCCGCCGCCGAGGCUCGGGGUUUCUUCCGCGGGGGCGGGGAGGCUCCGCCGGUGUCCGAGUCGGAGGAGGAGGAAGCGGAGGCCAGAGUUUCCUCGCCGAGAGAGGCCGUGGGGGAGGAGGAGGGAGAGGAGGAGGGGGAGAAGGAGGAUCCGGGCCCUUUCCCCCCCCCCCCUCCCGGAGGCAGCUCGGGGUGCGCGGCCCGGGGGUCGGGCCGGGGGGGGCGCCGCGGGGCGGCUGCGGGGGGCUCGGGGCCCGCCGCUGGGCUAAGCCCCGGCGGUGGUGGCGGCGGCGGCGGCGGCGGGCGGCAGCGGAGGCAGCUGCCGCCUCUGUCCUCGGGUCCGCUCCGCUCUGCUCCCUGGUGUGUUGAUUCUUCCCCCAGCUGCUGCCUAAUGGAGUCCAGGCGCUCGCGUCACAGGAAAUGCCUAUACUGCCCUCCUCACUCACUUCCGGUGGCAGGAGGGAGCCAUUCUGAACCUCUGCAGAUUGUGGACUUUUUUACUAUGAAUAUAGAGGGACCUCAGGAUAAGAGCAUGCACGAUCUUCAUUCCCCAACCAGGGACUGA